AUGGCGGAGGAGUAUGAGAAAUACAAGCGGUUUGAGUACCGCAUGAAUUCGAAUCUAGUGCUGCAGAGGGAGGGCCCUAUUCCUAACUUUAAUGAGCCCACGGGGGAGAGUGAAAGUCUGGCUGGGAAACUGAAGCAUAAGAUGGGGGAUAAGGUAGAAUACACGAAGCCAACUAGGCAGAGCAGGAGAAGGGAUGAACCAUUUAGGAGAAGCGUAAAGAGGAAGGAUCCCCUAUUCGAUGGGAAUAGGAAAAAAAUCAGAAGAGGAGGAACCAGUGGAAGCAUCAAAGAGACAAGCGUAUUGAGCAUUAACCUUCAGGACAUAUUUAUGUACAAACCAAGCACGAAAUACACGGAGAAAAUGUUUUCCAAUGUGAUGGGUGCAGUUAGAACCAUCAUUGGAGAUCAAACGGGGGACAUCAUUAACAGUGCUUGUAAUGAAAUACUCCUCAUUCUUAAGAACGAGAAAUUAAGCAAUGAGGAGAAAAAGAAACAAGUAGAAGGUGCACUUGAAGUAACUUCCAUGAGUGAUGAGCAGUUUCUCCAGUUAGACAAUUUUGCCAGGGAGAUUUAUGAUUUUAACAGGAAGGAGAUUCUGGAGGAGGUAGACGAGGAAGAAGGGGUUGCUGUCGUGUUUGAGGAAGACGAUGAGUAUUUCGACUAUCGGAGCAGCAGGAAGGGGCGGGACAGCUCGAAGAAUCAGGAGGAUAUGGCAAGCACGAACGAGUUGAGUGAUGACUACAGGUAUGGCCAGGUGGAGGAGGAGGAAGAAGCGGAGGACGAAGAAGAAGAGGAGGAGGAGGAAGAAGCGGAGGAAGACGAAGAGGAGGAUGACACAGAGGAUGAGUCCAGCCAAGCGGAAUACAGGGGUGACUCCUCGGGUGAAGAGAAUAGUCGUGAAGACGAAGCGGGAGAGAGAAAUGAAGAGCAGGAAGGAGAACCACCCAUGGGGAAAAAGAAGAAUCGCUCUGGAGGGCAGUCCACCUCAUCUAGGAAGGGAAGCACCGCGAAGAAGAGCUCCAAAGGAGGUAUGAUUAUCACCCCAGGUGCUUUCCCUAUCAAGAAAAAACAGGAGAAACAAGAGAAGCAUCUCAGCCUAAAAAGCAUUAAGAAGGAUACAGGUGGGAAAAGAAACGAAGCGGAGGAUUACGAAUUGGACACAAAUUCGAUAGACGCACAUUGGCUGCAAAGAGAACUGAGCAAAGUUUUUACCGACCCUUCUCUCUGUUUGGAGAAAGAGAAGGAAGUCUUGGAUGUUCUCGGCAUCUACGACAUACAAGAGUGUGAGAACAAGCUAGUACACAUUCUGAAGUACGAUAAUUUCAACAUGGCAAAAUUGCUAAUUAAGAAUCGAUGGAAGGUUUACUACUGCACGCUGCUUGGUCAGGCUCAGACGGAGAAGGAAAAGAAGAAGAUCAUGGAGGAGAUGAGGAAGAGCGAGGAGGGGGAGGAGAUUCUGGAGGAGCUCUCGAAUUUUAAGGCCAUGAAGAGGAACAAGCAGAGCGAGUUCGCCAAAACGAUGCGGAGGGAGGCGGACAACUUGUUCAGCAAGAGAAGGUAUGGGAGCGGCGGGGUGGAGGAGGCCACGGAGGAGGCUCACCAGGGGGGCAGGUUCAUCCACGAGGGGGAGGAGGAAGAAGCUGAGCAGUCGGAUGAAGCGGAGGAGACGGACGAGGCGGAAGAGGAGGACUUGGACGAUGUGGACCCCCCUUCGAAGAGUGCCAAGGAGGUUGCGAAACCAACUAUGCAGAGGAAGCAGCUAAGCGUGAAGGUGGGAGGGAAGGGAAGAGGGGAGGCCAGCAAAGGGGAGCGCAGCAAAGGACAGCGCCACGUCCUGCCCCCGCACGACAGCCACCACCAUGACGAUGAGGAAGCAAUGGAACACUUCAAAGCCAAGUAUGUUGACCUAGAAAAGAUGGACGUCAGGCAGAAGGGAGCCGAUUUCUUUAACAGAGAAGUCGUUUUGCCAGUGGAUAGCACCCGAGUGGAGAAAAAAGAUUACGAUGAGAUUAUCAUUUCAAGUUCAAGGAAUAGAAGCAGCGGUGGGAAGGGGUCUCUCGGAAAUGAGAAGGCAAGGGGGAGGGAGAAUUACUUCACUAACCCGGAAGAGAUAAAUCUCGUGAGCGUGUCGGAGCUACCAGAGUGGGCACAGGAAGUAUUCACCUGUGUAGGGAUUAGCAAACUGAACGCGAUACAAUCUAAGGUUCACCAAGUGGCUCUCAACAGAUACGAUGAGAAUAUGCUCAUAUGUGCCCCAACCGGUUCAGGAAAGACCAAUAUUGCCUUGUUGUGCAUGUUAAAUGUGAUCGGAAGCUAUAGGUUACGGAGUGGGAACAUCGACAAGAAGGGCUUUAAGAUUAUUUAUAUAUCUCCUAUGAAGGCCCUGGUGAAUGAGCAGGUGCAGUCAUUCUCCCUCAGACUGAAGUGUCUGAAUAUGAAGGUUAGCGAACUAACAGGAGACGUGAAUCUAAGCAGCAAGGAGAUUGAUGAGAGCCAGGUGAUUGUUAUGACCCCCGAGAAGUUCGAGGUGAUAAGUCGGAAGUGGAAUGAGAAGAUCCUGCUGCAGAAGAUAAAGCUGAUCAUUUUUGAUGAGAUUCACCUGCUGAACGAGGCCCGUGGGAACGUCCUGGAAAGCAUCAUCAGUCGGGUGAACCGUUACGUGGACAACACGCUGGUGUACGACGGGGGGGUGGUGGCCGGUGUGGAGGCGGAAGGAGCGUCAAGGGUGGUGCCUCCUAGCGUGCCACCUACCAUACCGCCCCACGCGCAUGCCGCCAUGCAAAACGACCUAACCAUGCGCAGGAAGAAGAUCCGGCUGGUGGGUCUCUCCGCCACGCUGCCGAACUAUGAAGAUGUGGGGCUGUUCCUGCGGGCGGAUCUCCGCACAGGGGUGUUCUACUUUGAUUACUCCUUCCGACCGGUACAGUUGGAGCAGCACUACAUCGGUAUUAAGGAGAAGAAGGGGAUUAAGAAGUAUGCCCUGAUGAAUGAACUCACGUACGAGAAGGUCUUGGAAGAGGCUGGAAAAAAUCAAAUCCUGAUCUUUGUGCACAGCAGGAAGGAGACCUACCGAACGGCGAAGAUGCUGAUCGAGAAAUCGCUAAAAAGUGAUAACCUGAAUAGGUUCCUGAUGGGGAAAAAGAUAUCAAGUGAGAUUCUCUUGUCCGAGAAGGAAGCUAUCGUGAAUGAGGAGCUGAAGGAGAUCCUCUCCUUCGGGUUCGGUAUUCAUCACGCAGGGAUGAAGAGAACCGAUCGGAAGUUAGUGGAGGAUUUAUUCUCCGACAGGCAUCUGCAAGUGCUGGUAUCAACGAGUACCCUCGCGUGGGGAAUAAACCUUCCCGCGCAUACCGUCAUCAUUAAAGGGACCAGUGUGUAUAAUAUCAGCGUCGGCGAUUUCGACGAAUUGUCUCCAAUGGAUAUCCUUCAGAUGGUAGGAAGGUCAGGAAGACCACAAUACGAUAAAAGUGGGAAAGCAGUGAUCAUAACGGAUCAUCGAAAUUUGCAGCUUUAUCUCUCAUUGAAUAAUGAGCAACUCUGCAUUGAAUCGACCCUCAUGAGGAACAUAGUCAACGUGGUGAACGCGGAGAUCGUGCUGAGAAACAUCCAAAACUUUAAAGAAGCAGUGAACUGGUUCCGCUAUACGUAUCUGUACAUCAGGAUGAUGAAAAAUCCCAGGCUGUAUGGAGUGGUCGGGAGGAAUGAGAAGAUGGACUCCUCUGAAGAAGGGAAAGAGAAGCAUGUCUCUGAUUUGUUCAUGCAGAAGUUGAAUAAAAGAAUAUACAAUAUCAUCUACUCCGCGUUCGUAACAUUGGAGAAGUAUGACUUGGUCAAAUACAACAAGAAGUUAAACACGGUUAGUAGUACGUAUGUUGGUAAAAUCAGCAGCUACUACUACGUGGAUUACCGCUCUAUCGAUCUGUACAAUAAGAAGCUAAAUAAGCACACAAACGAGACGGAGAUGCUGAAAAUCUUCGGAAUGAGUGACGAAUUUAAGCACCUUUUUGUGAGGGAAGAAGAGAAAGUAGAGUUAUCUAUAAUCAUGGAAAAGCUACCAAUCCCAUUGAAAGAAUCGAUAAAUAUCCCCUACACAAAGAUCAAUAUACUUUUGCAGUUAUAUCUAUCUAAUGUGACACUAAGUGGGUAUAUCAUUAACGCAGAUUUGAUUUAUAUACAGCAGAAUGCGUUGAGGAUUUUUAGAGCCUUUUUCGAAAUAUCGUUGAAAAAGAACUCAUACCAUUUAACCGCGCUGACUUUGAAGUUUUGCAAAAUGGUAGAGAGGAAGAUGUGGGCGACUAUGUCUCCUUUGAGACAGUUUGGUCUCCUUAGCAAUGAGCUCAUCCGAAUUAUAGAGAAAAAGAAUAUCACCUUUAGGAACUACCUAAAUAUGAGUCUCAAUGAAUACAUAACCAUAUUUAAAAAUAAGAAGAUUGCGAAGAAUGUAUACAAGUUGGUUCAUCACUUUCCUAAGAUUGAAUUGAAUGCAUAUAUCCAGCCGAUCAAUCACAGGAUGCUGAAGGUGGAACUGAACGUUAGUCCCGAUUUUAUUUACAAUCCUAAGUAUCACGGUCACUUCAUGCUGUUUUGGGUAUUCGUCUUUGACAUUUCCAGUGAGAGCAUGCUGCAUUACGAUCUGUUUAGUUUGAAGCGGGGUGGUGUCGCUACCUCCGCUAAUAUCAGCUCUGUAAACGCAUCCGGUCAGUCGUACCAAGAAGGGGACCACUCCGCGGACUCGCUGGACGAUCAUCUGCUGACCUUCUUCGUACCGAUAAAUGAGAAUCCCUUCUACAUCGUAAAGGUGGUCUCAGACAAAUGGCUGGAAUGCGAGAGUACGAUUAAUCUGUAUCUGAAGGAUGUCAUCUUACCGUCCAAGAUUUCCUUCUCCACGCCGCUCCUCGAUCUACAGGCUCUCCCAGUGAAUUCCCUCAAAUUUGACGAGGCGAAGCGAUUUUUCCACUCUCGAAAUGUGACCCAUUUUAACCCCAUCAACACGCAGAUAUUCCCAUCGGUGUACGAAAUGGGUGGCAAUGUCAUCAUCUGUAGUUCCCCUGGUAGGUACUACCUAACCGCAGCUGAGUUGGCCAUCCUUAAGAUGAUCCGAUCGGUAAAGCAGUUGGAAUCCUUCAUUAGGAGGUACCUAAAAAGGGAAGACGAUCUGUACAAAGUUAUUCGCGAUAGGAACAUUGCCAGUGUGGCAUAUAACAAUCCGGUUGAUUUUAUCAAAGUGGUGUAUGUCGCCCCUUUGGAAGAAAUCGUCUCCAAGACGUUUGAAAAUUGGACCCCUUUUGCGGCCUCGUUCGGAAUGAAGAUGGCAACACUGACUGGAGAUGUGCAAAUCGACACAAAGAUUCUGCAAAAGAGUAAUAUCAUUCUUUGCACCCCAGAUAGGUAUAACAAUUUGUCGAAAAAGUGGAGAAGGAAAAAAAUCCUGCAGUCAAUCAAUCUCUACAUUUUUGAUCAUAUGGAACUGCUAGACACAUCACAGGGGGCCAUCAUGGAGGUCGUCAUCAGUCGCGUGAGAUACAUAGCGACUCAGUUGCAGUUGGGGAAGUCUCAGCGGGGGAAGAAAGGCAACAGAGGUUCUGCCUCUUCAGAGGGGAAGCCGAGGCUGCCUCCCUUCUUUGAGCUCAACUUGGCCGAGGAUAGGACGAAGGAGCGGGAACAACGUGAUAGCGAAGGGAAGGAGGCACAACAGUCCGGUGCGAAACAGUCCGAUGCGGCCCACUACCUCAACCAGAUGCAGCAUCUAAACAUGGACGAUAUUUACGAGAACAUUGGGGUGAAUCGAAUUGUGUGUCUGUCGAGCUGCUCCAUCAAUAACUGCAAAGAUGUCGGAGAGUGGGUCGGGUGUAAGAAGGGGGACUAUUUCAAUUUCCUGUCGAGUGUGCGGAGCAUCCCCAUCGAAAUUUACCUGCACGCGGUCAGCAUUAUGAACAAGCAGAAUAGGUAUCUCUCGAUGCAGAGGCAGGUGUACCAGACGGUGAGGAAGUUGAGGAAGAAGAAUGCCAUCAUCUUCGUGACGGAGGAUAAGAUGUGCAAGACGUUGGCACUCGAUUUGGUUCUCUCUGCGUGUAACGAUGAGUUUGCCUUUUUCUCCAGCUUGGGAGGGACUACCGGGGAGGACCCUCUUCAAUGCCAGCUCGGAGACCAUCUCCACGAUAGAAUGCUCGUGGAGCUACUAAAACAAGGAGUGGGCUACCUCCACCGAAACAUGAGCGAGAUGGAGAGGAAGCUAGUGGAGGCCCUCUUCGACAAAAAGGCGAUACAGUUACUCAUCGUAGCGCACGACUACGUAUACAGGUUAAACGUCUAUGCCAAUGUAGUCAUCCUGCUGGACACUAUAAUUACCCACUUCGAUGGAAGGGAAGAAGAUUAUUCCAUUCAGAGCGUACUACAGAUGCUGAGCUAUGCCGGUCGGGAAGGAGAAGACAUAAAAUCGUUUGUCUACAUAUAUACCUACAUCACGAAGAAGGAGUAUUACAAGAAUUUUAUUUACGAGCCGCUAACCGUAGAAUCAAACAUAGAAGACUAUAUGCCAAACUUUCUAAACAACGAGAUUGUGAUGAGUACGAUAGAGAGCUACCAGGAUGCGAUUGACUGGAUCACGUGGUCUUUCUUCUACAGGAGGAUUAGGAAGAACCCUAAUUAUUAUGGCUUGAAGGGGGUGUCUAAUGAGCAUAUAUCGGACUACCUCUCGGAGCUGAUUGAGAGCAACAUUGAGCUACUCUCCUUCGCGAACUGCGUGGCGAUCGAGUUGGGCGAGGAUUCGAAGCAGGAGAGGAAGGCACGCAAUGGGGUCGGGAGCAGCGGCGUGGACGGCGCGAGCAGCGGCUCUGUUUCCAUCAAACCGUGCAACCUCGGCAUCAUCGCGUCUUAUUACAAUCUGGACUAUCACGUAAUUCACUUCUUCAACCAGUACGUCCUAUCCCUCAAGGGAUUGAAGAAAAACAGAAUAAUGGAGAUCGUCUGCCUUUCCAGCGACAUGUCCCAGGUGGUAAAAAUCAGUAACCACGAUGUGAUGCUCUGUGUGAAGAUUGCCCAAACGUGCAAUAUGAAGGUUACCUCUGAGUUUUUAAAGCUCUCUAUAAGUAGUGAAUCAAUUACGGGGAAAAAUGGCCCCCUCCAGGGAGAUGCUCAAGAUGGACCAACAAAUCACCUGAACAAGUUAGGCGAAAAUGACAAAAAAGAGAAAUACAUAAAUUUGGUAAAUUUUAUUUCCAAUCCGAUGUAUUUUACCCCCCAUUUGAAAGCACUCAUCAUUCUUCAUGCACACAUAAAUCGCUAUUCCAUUCCCAUGAACUACGUUGAAGAAACGAAAAGAGUCCUUCAGAAAACAUUUAAGCUAAUUAAUGCACUGAUCGACGUUAUUAGCAGUAACAACAUUUUAAAUUUCUGCCUGUUCGUCAUGGAGAUAUCACAGAUGCUAACGCAGAGUAUGAGCAGCACAGAUGAGUCCAACCUGCUGCAGUUACCCCACUUCGAUGAACCGUUAAUUAGGAAGGCAAACGAGUUAGAGAUCGCCGAUGUGUAUGACCUGAUCAAUGCGGAGGAUGAACAAAGGGAGGAGCUUCUCAUCCGGUUGAGUGACAAGGAGAAAAGUGAAAUUGCUAAUGUCUGCAACAUUUUCCCUGUCAUCGAGGUGCACUACGAUAUUGAUUUGGAGAAAAAAUACAAAGUAAACGAAAUUGCUACUCUCAGUUUGACUAUCGAACGUGACUUGGUGCAGGACGACCCGGACUCGACGGCCAACUGUUUUGCGCACUCCCUGUAUCUCCCCUUCGAGAAGGAGGAACUGUGGUGGGUCGUCAUUGGCAUUAAGAAAAUGAACCUGCUGCUGUCUAUAAAGAAGCAGUCGCUGCUCAAGGCCGCUAACAAUGUGAAGGUGAGCUUUGAGUUGCCCGACCAGCCCGGCCGCUACGACGUCGUCAUCUACAUUAUAAAUGACUGCUACGUGGGGUGCGACCAGGAAUACGAGUUUGCGAUUGAGGUGACGGCGUCUGCGUAG